AUGUUAACAAUCUUCGAUGAGUUUUAUAAUAAUAAAAAUAUUCCAGACUUCCUUGAUGAUGAUAGCAUACUUCUCAAUAAGGAGAACAACAUCCAAUUGAAAGAAUUGUAAGGAUAUUUAUAAACUACAAUCUAAUAGUUUAAUCAAUAAUGAAGAUUUAGUUACUCAGAUGCUCUCCUUUUUUGAAUAUGAUGAAUUAGAAACUGAUCACAAAAGAGUAAUCAAGUAUCCUUUUGUCGUAAGCGAAUUGUUGGGUUCACUUUAUGCACUAAAUGCCAAACAUCUGAAUUUCCUUAUCCAAUUGCUGAAUACCUAAAAUACUCUGCCUUCUAUUACAAUUGGACAUAUGAGUAAAGUCAUUAUGAAUGUACUCAAAAACAAUCCCUGUAUUGUAAUCAUCCAACUUAACAAUUUAGUUUUGGUAAAAUGUCUAAUUGUCAUAAUUAUCCAUUCUCAUACAAGAUAUCAAUAACUAUUCCAUUGCAGAAUUAAUCUAUUCCACGAUUAUUUAUUAAACUCAGGAGAAUUAGUUAGAGUAUAUGGACAAAAGAAUCAAAUUAGUCAAUUAUCUAUUGAAUGAUCUGAAUACUGAUAAAUGUGAGGGUAUUUCCAAUGUCAUAUGUAUGUUAUUGAAUCAAAUUACUGAAACACUUCAAGAAUAGAAGUCUCUCAUAAUUAAACAUAUCUUCACAAAACUUGACACUUUUAUAUCUGCCUUGUCCAACCAUCCAUAACCAAUUUUAAACAUCUUAAUAGGUUUAAUUAAUCACAAGGAGUAAUAUAAAUAAGAAGUCACAUAAAUUUACAAUCAUUUUCUUUAAAUAACAAAAGACUUUUUUUAAAACAUAUUGAGUAAAGAAACCACCUUUGGUUUAAAUAAUCUCUCAUAUAUUUAAUUUUAUGAUGUACUUACCAAUCAACCAUACAUUUUAGAGAACUUAAACAGAUAAGAAUUGGCUUAAGCAUUAUUUGUAAAAUUAAUUAUUUAUAAGUAGCAACUUAUACAAAAGUACCAAUAUCAUAAUCAAUUACACAAAUAUGCCACUAACAUUAUACUAAAACUAAUACCUCAAACUGAUACAUAAGAAUUACUAUAGACAGCAAUUUCUGAAUUUAAGUAUUUAUAUUAUGGAUGAUAAAUUAGAAUAAAACCAGUCAAAGAAAAUAGAGGAUAUGUGAUUUAGAUAAUUAAUAAAAUAUAUGAAGUGUCAAAUCAAAAAGUUUAAGAAGAAGAACUGCAAAAUUAAAACUCAAUCUAGAACAAUUAUUUUUUUGGCCAUGUUCCUGAUUAGAGACCUAUAUUCAAUUUAUAAGAAGAAUUUGAGGCAGCAAUGA